AUGGAGGACCGUCAUUCCAAUGAAAACAAUAACAGCAACAACAAUGGCGAAGCGGGGGAGAAUCCGGUUGUGAAGACAGAGGCGCCUCUGGUCUCUAUCAAGGUUGUUAAUGCCGAUGGCGCUGAGAUGUUUUUCAAGAUAAAGUGCGGGACGCAGCUUAAGAAACUCUUUGACGCCUACUGCAAGAAGCAGGGCAUCUCGCGCAGUAGUGUCCGCUUUUUGUUUGACGGCUCACCGAUCGACGAGUCCAAGACACCGCAGGACCUGGGCAUGGAGGAUGAUGACGUGAUUGAUGCCAUGGUUGAGCAAACGGGCGGGAAUACACUUUGA